AUGGCCGCGCUACGGAGGAAAUUUGGGGAGGACUAUCAGGUAGUGAAUACAAACCGUGACAACACCGCUUUUUCAGCACCUGUUAAAAAGAAACGCCAGCGGUUCGUGGAGAAGAACGGUCGUUGCAACGUGCAGCACGGGAAUCUCGGUGGGGAGACCAGCCGAUACAUCUCCGACCUCUUCACCACCUUGGUGGACCUCAAGUGGCGAUGGAACUUACUUAUCUUUGUUCUGACCUAUACAGUAGCAUGGUUGGUCAUGGCUUCUAUGUGGUGGAUCAUCGCCUACAUCAGAGGGGACAUAAAUCAUGGCCACGACUCGUCCUACACCCCCUGCGUUGCCAACGUUUACAACUUCCCCUCCGCUUUCCUAUUCUUCAUAGAGACCGAGGCCACCAUCGGCUACGGCUACCGCUACAUAACGGAGAAAUGUCCAGAGGGCAUCAUUCUCUUCUUGUUCCAAUCGCUGCUGGGUUCCAUCGUGGACGCCUUUCUGAUCGGCUGCAUGUUCAUUAAAAUGUCCCAGCCUAAGAAGCGCGCAGAGACGCUUAUGUUUAGCCAGGACUCAGUGAUCUCACAGCGCGACGGCAAACUGUGCCUCAUGUUCCGCGUGGGCAACCUGCGAAACAGCCAUAUGGUGUCCGCGCAGAUCAGGUGUAAACUCAUAAAGUCUCGUCAGACCCCGGAGGGAGAGUUCCUACCCCUGGACCAGUGUGAGCUGGAUGUGGGUUUUGGGACGGGUGCGGACCAGCUCUUCCUAGUGUCACCUCUCACCAUCUGCCACGAGAUCAAUCCUAAGAGUCCUUUCUUUGACCUGUCCCAGCGCUCCCUCAUGAACGAGCAGUUUGAGAUUGUUGUCAUCCUGGAGGGCAUUGUUGAGACCACAGGUAUGACGUGUCAGGCGCGGACGUCGUACACGGAGGACGAGGUGUUGUGGGGCCACCGCUUCCUGCCCGUCAUGUCUCUGGAGGAGGGAUUCUUCAGGGUGGACUACUCCCAGUUCCACAGCACUUUCGAGGUCAACACCCCACCGUACAGUGUCAAGGAGCAUGAUGAGAAGUCCUCCCUGCCUUCGCCCCUCUCCACCCCCACGCUGGGCGAGAGCCACGGUGCCGCACGACGUGCCCGGGUCUUCUCUGUAGACUGCAUCAACACUACGGACCGGGAGGAGCGGGCGGGGCAGUCCAGGCUGCCCAGUAAGCUUCAGAGGAUGAGCUCGUCUGGGAAGGAGGACCUACAGAGGAAGGUCCUGAUGCUGAGCUCCCAGCACUCUGAGAAGGCCUGCAGUACUGGAGACCUGCCUCUUAAGUUGCAGCGUCUCAGCUCCUCCCCCGGCCCAGAGGCUGCAGAUCGGCUGCAGCUCAAGGCCUUGAAGGUCGGCUUUGAACCCAUGACCCAGUCCACUGGAGACCUGCAGCUGCCCCCCACUCCAGCCCCCGUCCCCGCACGCAUCCACACCCCUCUGCCCUCAGGAGGGGGCCGACCAGAGGACAACCUGCCGGCCAAAUUACGCAGGAUGACUGCUGACCGCUGA